ACAUCCCUGCUAGCCGAUCAUUUCUCUUCGAGAAACCUGACCGUUCCACGUAGUGUAUAUCGACAGAUAUCAAUCAAGUAACGAACAAAAGAAAAAAUAUUUAUUAGAGAUGAGGUAUGCUAUACUACUGUGUUAUACGUGCUCGCUGUUGAUCGUCGCUCGGGCCAUCGGAAAAUAUAGGGGCCUAGAAUUUUUGGAGCCAUGCUCCAAGAACGACCCGAGACUAGAGGCUUGCCUCACCAGAACGGCCAAUACGCUUGCCGAACACUUUCGUGAAGGUCUACCGCAACUAGGUUAUCCAGAAGUAGAACCGAUUAUCCUAGACGAGUUGCAUAUCGCGCUUGGAGGUGGUCCGAAUGGUUACAGGGCGCAAUUCAAAGAUAUCACAGCAAGAGGAGUUUCCGCUCUGCGAAUUACUGGUCUCAGGACAAGGUUGAGUGACGAUGAGAUCCAAUUGCAAUUGGCCUUCAGUAUUCCCAGAAUUAGAGCGGCUGCGAGGUAUCGAUCCAGUGGAACCUUGAUUUUGGUGCAAGCUAGUGGUGCUGGAGAUUACUGGGGCGAAUACGAGGGUGUCAAGGCUAAGGUCUUCAUCAGAGCGAAACCGUUUUUGUACGAGAGUCGUCGUUAUCUGAGAUUACAACAACUCAAAAUGGACUUUAGCGUACAGAAUAUUAAAAUGGGAGUCGAAAACGUGCGCGAUUCAAAUAGCAUACUGUUGGCAGCUUUGAAUCUUUUUAUCAAUACAAACAGCCAGGAGUUGUUGAAGGAAAUGAAGCCGGAUCUGAGAAGGAAACUCGUGCAAGUAAUGACAACUUUCGUAGAGAAACUAUUUGCCCAGGUGCCAUAUGACGCAUGGAUCACAGAUUAAAUAUUCGACCAAUAAUUGUCGAGAGCAAAACCCGACGUCACCACGUCAUCGGUGCACUUGAACUGCGACGUGAGACUUGACGCAUGAGAAAAAGAACUCUUAUUUUGUGUCAUCUUCGAGAUAGAUUGAAGACUCCGAUACAAAAUUUACAAUGGAAAUCACGGACAAAUAUGUCGAUUAUUUUUAACCGGAAUUUCCAAGUGUUGAGAAAAAAUUCGCACAUAACGAACAAUAGUUUUUUUAAUCUAGUGCGUAGUAGAUUAUCUGCAAAGUAAUCUGCGGAGGUUAAACACUAUGGUUAUGCCACAUACAUGAUACAGGGUAUUUUGUAUGAAACUCUUCAGAACUUGAAGCAAAUAUUUUUCAAAAAUACUGAACUUUGUUAUUUUUUUAUAAAGGUGUUAUUUAAAACGUAAUUAUAUGGAAAUAUUUGCGGGGAAAAUUAAAAAAAUUUGAGCUUGAAGAGUUUUGCAAAUCAAUAACAAAUACAAUAAUAU